AUGUUUGUGACUAGGCGUCUGCUGCAGGCUUGCAGGAUCACUUUAUUUUCCAGGGACGACUGCGGUCUCUGCACGCAGGCCAAGGGUGUGCUUUCGGACGUUUGGGAUAAGCGGCCGUUUCAGUACACGGAGGUGAAUUUGGCAAAGCCGGAAUGCAAGCAGUGGAAAAAUUUAUACGAUUUCGAUAUUCCUGUUAUACACAUUAGCAAAGCAGACGCUCCCGAGGAGGACGUCAACAAGACUGGAAAGGCUAUCACGCUGAUGCACCGGUUCACGAUGGAGCAAGUCGAGGCCAAGAUGGAUCAAGUCGAAGGCAUCUAG